AUGUUUAUAAAAGAAGCCUAUGAAAGAAGAUAAAAAUAGAGUGAUGGAGAAUAAGAAAUAUUAUAGACUGAAUAAAGAAUUCAUAAGAUUGGUAGUAUCAAGAACAAUAAAAUGAACUACGAUAAAGAUGAGCAAUUCUUUAGCAAAGAGGAUAUACCACAAAGAGCAUUGUAAAUUAAAGAAACUGUUUAAACUUUUGUUGAUCCAGAUAUUUUAGGGUUGAGAAAGAAAGAAUGGAAUAGCAGCGUAGCAUUUCCUAAGAAUCCAUUAUCAGAGGAAACCCAUGAAAGAAAAUUGGUUAAAAUUCGAUUAGGCCUAUUUGAUCAUCCAAUUCCCAAAGAGAAGGCUAAUAAAAUAUAUGAGGGCGUAGAAACCAGAGACAAUUACAUAUUAGCAAAGUAAGGCUCGAGUAAAUGGAAUGUGAGUACAGAAACCAAUAAUCUCGAGUUCUAAAAGCAACUCAUGAAUCAGACUAAGGAUGCAUUAAAGAAUACCAAGACGAAGGAGGAAGAGAUUAUAAAAAACUAUUUAAAGCCAAUAGAACACUAGACUAAAUUGUAAUUAGAUCUUAGAUCUCAGAAGAUAAACGAGAAGGAUAUGAGAAGCAAGAUAAGAUUGGAUUAUCAGAUGGCGAAUCCUGCUGCUUCACAAUAGGCGAUUGAUGGGGCGGUCUUUAGAUUGGCUUAUGAGAACAAAUUAAGCAAAAACCAAGAGCAAAUUCAAGAUAAAAACUACACUUUUAAGCCGGAUAUGGCGAGAACUUUGAAAUAGGAUUUGGAUUAUAAGUAUUGUCAUAAUGGUGUUUGGUAAAAGAUGCCAGAUGGGAGCGAGGGUUGGUCGUGCUGCAUGAAUAGUACAUUGGAAUCGAAGGGAUGCAUAACGAUAAAGAUCGAUAGGAACAAGUGGGAUUAUUCGUCAUUUACACAUUGA